AUGGCAUCACUUAACGGUAGGUUUCUCACUAUAGAUUUUCACUACAAGGGCAUGUUUGUACCAAAUCCGUUAGUGUACUUAGACCCUAUGAGAAUGUCAGUUCGUGAUGUGGAUUUUGGUGGCAUGGACUAUAGAGAAUUUGUGUUGUGGGUUUCAAAGCUGACAAGACAAGGUUGUGACAACUUGUACUAUUGUAGUACUCAUGAAAGAUUGGCAGAAGGUAUCAGAAGAAUCGACAAUGAUGUUGAUUAUUUUGAGUUUAUUGAAGAUGGUUACAUGGAUAAGAACGAGCUAAGGGUGAAUGUGUACAUUGACCACCAAAACGAACGUAUUCUUGACUGGGCCGAUAAAGAGAUGUUAACAGGUGAUGAGGUGUCUGAGGUGAUAGAAGAUGAUGAUACAGAGUCACAAAUUUCAGAUAUAAUGGAAUGUGAGCACGAACCUGAUGAAGAGGUGCAUACGUUUGACAAAACAGAUGGUGAUGAAUUUUUGAACAAGUUGUGUGGUAAACCCAUUGUUAAUAGUAAUCAAGAAGAAGUAAAUGAUGCUGCUGAUGAUGAAGUCAAUGAUGAAGAUGAUGAGGUUGUGUUCCCUGUCUUUGAUGAGAAGCAAGAAUGGGAUAAAAUGGUCCUAGUUUUAGGUAUGAAGUUUUCCAACCCUCUUGAAUUGAAGCUAUGUCUAACCAACUAUGCUGUCAAGAAUGGGAGUUGUGAUGCAUAUGAAAAUGGUAUUUCUAAAAGUUUGAACUCAGUGAUUGAAGCUGCUAGGAAGAAACCACUUAUUACAAUGUUAGAAGAAAUCCAGGUUUAUGUAAUGGAAAGGUUGUGUAUAUACAAGGCCAAGGGUCAAUCUUGGGAUUUAAACAUAUGUCCUUCCAUAAGGUUGAAGUUGAACAAGCUCAAGGAACAACAAAGGGAAAGAGGACAUAACAGAUCAACAUGUCCUCAAAGACCAAAUGAUGUACCAUCUACUUCAGGUAAAGUAGACCUUGAAGCUGAAUUGGAAGUGGAACAUGUUGUUAUGUUUGAAAGUGAAAGUGAUAGUGAAUUUGAAAGUGAAAGUGAUGUGGAUGCUAACAUUGAAGUAGAAGCUAACAUUGAAGUUCCUGAAGUUGAUGUGGUACAUGAAGUGGAUGCUAACAUUGAAGUUGAUGUGGUACCUGAAGUUGAAGUUGAUGUGGUACCUGAUGUGGAAGCUGAUGUUCCUUUAGUUCAAGAUGACAUUGAACAUGAGAUUCAAGAUGACAUUGAAGUUGAUGCUCCUUUAGUUCAAGAUGACAUUGAAGAGGAGAUUCAAGAUGAAGUGGAACAUGAAAUUGAAGUUCAAGAUAAUGUGGAACUGGAUAUUCAAGAUAAUGCAUAA